AUGCUCGACCACUGUUCAAUUUCACACAAAGGCGGCGUCGCGCUCAUCGAGGGUCGGACAUCGGACGGAAAAUACGAGAAGGAUGGAUACGCGGUCAAGUGGACAUUCGUCAACGACCUCGAGCUCAUUUUCGUCGUCGCGUACCAACGCAUUCUUCAACUCACUUACGUCGACGAGCUUCUAGUCGCACUCAAGGCUCUCUUCAUCAAGCUCUUCCAGCCCUUCUUGGCUUCCUUCUCCGCCGUGGUCGAGGCUCCCACCCCAUGGAAUUUCGCCAAAGCGUUCGAGGGUUGGGAUGCGUACUUCGACAAGUUGCUUCACGAUCUCGAGAACAAGUCUGCCCGGGUUCACCGCGUUCAUUCGACAAAUCAUUCGAUAGCACCCACUCAUGCACGUGCAGACGUGCAGGAUGAGGAGCAAAUCGCGCGUAACGUCCACGCUCUGAAAAACCGUUUACGUGGACGAGGAGGGCAGACAAGCAGGCGGGGGCGGGGUCGUGUCGAUGCGGGCAGCGGGAGGGACAGCGUUCCCGGCUCUGACUCCGAGACCACGCCGAACGCGAAGCGCAAGUCGAAAGCCAAGACGCAACGCAAGUGGGGCAACGAGGCUCCGACGGAUGCCGACAUGGCGUCCCUCGAUUACAGCUACGACAGCACCGCGUCGGACGGCCGUACGGGCACCCCGGAUCUCUCAACGCUCGUCGACAAUGGCUCCCUCGGCACGCGUACCCAGGACGGCCUCUAUGAAGUCAAGGAUUGGGAGUUCGUUACUGGAGGUAAAAGCCCGGAUGAUGUCAUCGCAGAGGUGCUCAGGCAAGGGGGGGAAGAACCCAAGCCAACCUCAAGCUCUUUGGGCGCCCUCGGAUCCAUUUUCGCGCGCCUCACGGGCUCCAAAGUGCUCUCUGAAGAAGACCUGAAGCCGGUACUAGAGGCUAUGAAGCAACAUCUCAUGAAGAAGAACGUUGCGAAGGAGAUCUCGGACAAGGUUGUGAGGAUAAAGUGGGCGGUCACAGCUACGACGUCUGCUGUCCGACAAGCUCUUGCCAAUUCCAUUACACGCAUCCUCACCCCGAAGACCUCGACAGAUCUUCUCCUUUCCAUCAGGACCAAACUCUCCGCUCUGUCGACUACCCAGCAGCGCUUGCCCUACAGCAUCACUUUUGUUGGAGUCAACGGCGUGGGCAAGAGUACCAACCUGUCGAAGGUCUGCUUUUGGCUCAUCCAGAACGGCUUCCGCGUCCUCAUCGCCGCGUGCGACACAUUUAGGAGCGGUGCUGUAGAACAGCUCCGUGUACACGUGCGCAACCUCGGGAUGCUCGGUGUAGAUGGUGCCACGACCAGCAAGGGCCGAGUAGAACUGUACGAGCGUGGGUAUGGGAAAGACGCUGCCGGGAUUGCGAAGGAAGCCAUCGCUUAUGCCCGGGAUAAUGAGUUCGACGUCGUCCUCAUUGACACAGCCGGUCGCAUGCAAGAUAAUGAGCCGCUCAUGCGCGCUCUCGCGAAGCUCGUUGCGAGUAACAACCCCGACAAGAUCAUCUUCGUCGGCGAAGCUCUCGUGGGGAACGAAGCCGUCGACCAACUGACCAAGUUCGACCGAGCGCUCCGCGAUUUCUCUGCUGCGUCCGGCGGUCAGGAGCGCGGCAUCGACGGCAUGCUCGUCACGAAGUGGGACACUGUUGACGACAAGGUCGGUGCGGCACUCUCCAUGACAUAUGUCACCGGUCAGCCCAUCAUUUUCGUUGGAUGCGGACAGACGUACACGGACCUCAGGCAGCUGCGGGUGGCGAACGUCGUGGAGGCGAUUCUCGGUGACUAG